AUCUCACUGCGACGCUCGCUCCACCACCACCCGAGCACUGCGCAUUACCUUCUAAUCCUCCGCGCAUCUCGACUUCUACGUGCGCCGCCUUUGCAUCUGCCAAAAGCGCAAUCAAGGCCGUGAAAGCACUGUCUGCUUCCUUGCGCAACUCCGCACGCUCUUUCCCGACGAAACACGCGACAAAGAGAUUCAUUGUCUUCGACCUUCCCACACUACACUCCCCAAAUUGCAGCCAUGGCCGACGACGCUGAGCUCGCCUUUCUCCAGGCGCAGCAGCAAGAGUACGACCCUUCAGUUGCCUAUACAACGAACGACGCGCCCGCCGAUCAAGAGGAAUACGAUCCUAACACGGCCUACUCCCCACAUGUGUCCGACCAGUCGGCAUCGAUGCCAGAAUCUGCAGCCAACACACCACCGCCUGCCGCUGACGGUGAGGGCGAGAUUGGGUUGCAGCCCCAACCCGCGCCAACUUCUGCUGACGCUUCCGCUGCGCCAACGCCGUCGAAGCGGCCGCGUACCGUGGGUGGUUUUGUCGACGAGAGCGAGGACGAGGACGAGGAGCCUGCUACUCAGCCGAAGGCGGCGAGCGGAACACUGCUGAAUGCUCCUGGAGCUGCUGCUGCAUCACCACAGCGUUCAUUUACAAACACACCAAACAAUACACUUCCCACACCUCAUGUACAGUUACAUAGUGCACAAGAUCAGGCUGCUGCAUCUUUUUCUGCUUCUGUCACUGUCCAAGAGCCUGUUCCUUCUAUUGCUACUAGUCUUCUCAAUGGCAAUGCGCCUGUUCCAGAUGCUACUAAGCCAGGUGCUCCAGACCCCUUGACCGUCGCUUCAGCACGCCAGUCCGCUGCUCCAGCUACACCUGCUCCCACUUCUGCUUCUUUACCAAAGGCCCGUCUUCCGCAGGACCGUGUUGGCAUCCUUGAAGACCGCAUUGCUGAAGAUCCGCGUGGUGACAUCGAAGCGUGGUUAAGUCUAAUUGAGGAGCACCGUAGGCGACAUAAGCACGAUGAUGCGCGAGCUGCCUUUGAGCGUUUCCUUGCGGUCUUCCCCACAGCAGGCGAGCAAUGGGUCGAGUACAUUGCCUUUGAGACAGAGCUUGACGAGCUUUCAAAGGUGGAGCAUAUCUUUGGUCGCUCCGUGCCGCUAGCUCCCUAUGUGGCACUAUACUCGUCUUAUAUCGACUUCAUCCGCCGUCGUUACAACUUGACCACUGACCCAAAUGGCCAAAACCGCCAAAUUAUUAUUCAGGCGUAUGAGUUCGUGCUUGGUCAGGUCGGUAUUGAUGUCGCUGCUGGAAAGCUCUGGCUUGACUACAUAGAGAUGCUCAAGACCGGGCCAGGCAUUCUUGGUGGCACGAACUGGCAAGACAUGCAGAAGAUGGACACGCUACGAAAGGUCUAUCAGCGGGCCGUUUCAAUUCCACACAACGCUACAAUGGAGAUCUGGCGAGACUAUGACAAGUUUGAGAUGGGCUUGAACAAGGCUACGGGUCGGAAACAUCUCCAGGAAAAGUCGCCCUCUUACAUGACCGCGCGAAGCGCCAUUAACGUCCUCGAUAAUAACAUUACGCGAGGUGUCAACCGAACUACACUGCCUAAACUACCACCCGCGCCGGGUUUCGAUGGGCAUGAGGAUUAUAUGAAUCAAGUCAAACUAUGGAAGAACUGGAUCCACUGGGAGAGGAGCGAUCCUAUUGAAUGCGCAACGGAUGACCGAGACCUCUAUAAUAAACGCGUGCUACAUCUGUAUAAGUGCGCUCUAAUGCCUCUUCGCUUCUGGUCAGAACUAUGGUAUGAGGCAGCCGAGUGGUGCUUCGAGAACGGAUUACCAACAGAAGGCGACAAAUUCUUGGCCGAUGGCAUCGAGGCCAACCCGGAGAGCUGCCUUCUCGCUUUCAAGAAAGCUAAUCAGGUCGAGCUUCGUACAGAUUUCGAAGACGGCCAACCGGGCGUCGUUGCUAAAGGCAAGGCUGUACGAGAGCCUUACAUGAAUCUUUUGGACACUCUCUACGACCUUACAGCACAGGUCAAGAAGAGAGAAGAGCACUCGAUCGCGCGAGCAAGGGAACAGUUUGAAGCACAGAAGAUGGCCGAUGAAGCGGCCCGCACAAUUGCACAGAGAAAUGCCGAUGACGCAGAUGACGACGACGAGGUCCAGAUUGCGAGACGUCUGAAAGAAAAAGACGACGCUUUCCAAACCCAACUGCAGGCUAUUUCUGCCGGGUACAAUGCACAGACACAUGUUCUCAAGAAGACGCUCACGUACGCAUGGAUUGCUCUGAUGCGAGCUAUCAGACGUGUCCAAGGCAAAGGAAACCCAAAGGAAGACAUAGCCGGUUUCCGUGGUGUGUUCACCGAGGCUCGUAAGAAGGGCAAGCUGCUUAGCGAAGCGUACGUCGCAAGUGCACUCAUCGAGCAUCACUGUUACCAAGAUCCGGCGGCACAGAAAAUCUUCGAGCGCGGUAUGAAACUCUUCCCGGAGGAUGAGCAGUUUGCGUUGGAGUAUAUCAAGCACUUGAUCAAGCUGAAUGACUCAACAAAUGCUCGCGCCGUGUUCGAAACCGUUGUGGGAAAGCUGACAGCAAAACCGGAGAAUAUCCACCGAGCAAAAUCGCUCUUCGUGUUCUUCCACGAGUACGAAUCGCAAUUCGGCGAGCUCACUCAAAUCACAAAAUUAGAGCAGCGCAUGACCACCCUCUUCCCCGAGGAUCCCCAACUCUACCGCUUCUCGCAGCGUUUCGCAGGCCCGACCUUCGACCCUACAACCGUCCGCCCUAUCAUCUCCCCGCGAACACAGAUGAAGCCUGUAAUGCCUUCCAUCAUGUCAUCCGUCGAGGAGCCGAUGCCUGCUAUACCACCGCAGAUUAGAGAAGAACAGCAACGACUUGUAUCCCCGGGCCUAACGAACUCACCACAUCUCGGGAACUUGCUCCCUGUCGGCCAGUCACCGAAACGCCCCCUCGAGGAUGCAGACGACAGUGCGCAACCCCGCAAACUCGCUCGUGGCGAGUCACCCUUGAAAGGCGCCGCAGGUCGUCGUCUGGAUGCCGCAAGGCGGAACAUGGCGACGGGUGGCAGUGCACCCGUCGGCCUGCCUCAAGGAGUCAACUUCUUGCUAGGCAUUAUUCCGCCGGCGCAUACGUAUAGAGAAACGCGAUUCAAGGCAGAGGGCCUGGUCAACUUGCUGAGGGGUGUUGCGAGUAUACCUCUGCCUGCGGCGCAGGGUCAACUGCAACCACAGCGAUGGGGGACGACACCUACGACGGCACAGCAGCUGGCUAGCAUCCAGGAGAAGUAUGGGAAUCCUCACGCACAUCCUGGUGGACUCGCUUGGGGACCUUGAGAAUUUGUACAGAACAGUACAUCUCAAUACCUCACUCUUGAAUCAUUUAAUCAGAAGCGCUUGAUUUGAAAGCAGGCUGGGUUCCUAGAAUGGCAUAGGGUGGCGUAUAUAUUCUUUCCUUAUUCAGCAAACUUGGAAAAGACUGCAAGCAUGCAUAGAUGGGAAGAAUUGCCGGAAAUCCGGAUUUUUGUAAUGAUACUGGGUUGGCAGUACCUCUUUGGCAGGUUUCUGAGCGUGGCGUUGGGUCUGGUCGGCCUUAGUCCAUUCUCCUCAUAUGUUCAAAGUUAAAGGUGACGCAUUUAUAUGCAUCGCGUGUGUAGAAGCAAAACGAUCUCAUACUACAAUCUCGACCAGUC